AUGAAUGAAACCGUGGAUCAAGAUGCUUGGAUGUGGCUACGUGAUGUAAUGAAGUCAUGGCUGGAAGACCCUGGUGUGGAGGAGUUCCAGGGUCUGAACAUGAGCAACUUGAGGAUGGACCAGGCAUACGUGAUCGGAGUCGCUGAUAGAGAUGUCAGCGUUUAUGAAGUUUCUGACGAUUGUUUUAGAUGCCCAUUCGAGCUCCAGAAGAGUUUGACAGCGGAGUCAGAGAGCUGGUGGGUUGUGAGCACUGUACGGAAAGCCACUUGGCGGGUAUAUGCUGGUGUCAGCGAAGAUUACAUGAAUAUUAGGAAUACUACAGGCUUGCUAUGCCAACUGCGGCCGAAUUUAGGAGAGUUUGGGGUGUACACCCUAAAUGCGACCGGCGACGGCUGCGACAUACGCACGACGCGAGAACCUGUUGAUAUUUAUAUGCGUAAGUAU